AUGAUGAAAACAUUUGAAUAUGAUGACAAACUUCCAUCUUUACCAUUACCAACAUUAGAACAUACACUUGAACGUUAUCUUGAUUCAAUACAAACUGUUGUCAGUGAUGAUGAAUAUAUUAAGACUAAAAAAAUUGUUGAACAAUUCGCCAAAGGAACUGGACGUGAAUUACAUGAACAAUUGAAGACUAAUAUUGAGAAGCGACAGGAAAGAAAUUGGCUUGCAAAAUGGUGGGAUGAAGAAAUUUAUUUAAAAUGGCGAUUACCAAUUGCACCAGCCAUGAACAUGAUGGGUUUUAAUUGUUUAGUACCACCUAAAGCUAAUUCACAACUAAUACGAACAUCUAUGGCUAUUUCCAUGGUACUUGUGACACGAAAUACACAACAUUCACCAAAUCGUUUGAAACUUUCAGGGCUUGUGUAA